GGGCGGUAUCGAAGAAAGCAGCUGUCAUGGCGGAGCUGAGUGAAGCGCUACUCUCUGUGCUGCCGUCUAUUCGGGUGCCCAAGGCCGGAGACCGCGUUCAUAAAGAUGAGUGUGCCUUCUCCUUCGAUACCCCGGAGUCUGAUGGCGGCUUGUAUAUUUGCAUGAACACAUUCUUGGGCUUUGGAAAGCAGUAUGUGGAGAAACAUUAUGAAAAAACAGGCCAGCGGGUCUAUCUGCAUCUUAAGAAGACACGCAAAUUGAAAGAAGAAGACAGCAACUCCAGUGCUGGUGAUCCUCCUAGGAAGAAACCAACCCGUCUAGCUAUUGGUGUGGAGGGUGGAUUUGACAUCCCAGAGGAGAAAUAUGAAUAUGACGAACAUGUCAAAAUAGUUAUUUUGCCAGACCACUUGGAUAUCCCUCGGGAUGGUCUAGAUGGUCUGCCAGACAAGGUCAAGGACCGGAUUUCCAGUGCAAUUGACGCUAUUCUGACAGCAGAUUCUGCCUCACGGAAACAGGAGGUGCAGGCUUGGGAUGGGGAGGUUCGGCGUGUGUCCAGACAUGCCUUCUCACUUCAGCAGCUCCCGAAUGGUGUGCGUAUCCCCCCUUGUGGCUGGAAGUGCAGCAAGUGCGACAUGCGUGAGAAUCUGUGGCUCAACAUGACAGAUGGCUCCAUCUUGUGUGGGCGGCGCUAUUUUGAUGGCAGUGGGGGCAACAACCACGCCGUGGAACAUUACCGGGAGACCGGCUAUCCCUUGGCUGUGAAGUUGGGAACCAUCACUCCUGAUGGUGCUGAUGUCUAUUCCUACGAUGAGGAUGACAUGGUUUUGGACCCCAACUUGGCUGAGCACUUGGCUCAUUUUGGGAUUGACAUGCUCAAAAUGCAGAAGACUGACAAGACAAUGACAGAACUGGAAAUCGAUAUGAACCAGCGAAUUGGCGAGUGGGAGCUGAUCCAGGAGUCAGGGGUGCAGCUCAAGCCCCUCUAUGGCCCUGGCUACACGGGUAUCCGCAAUCUGGGGAACAGCUGCUACCUCAACUCUGUAGUGCAGGUGCUGUUCAGCAUACCGGACUUCCAGCGAAAGUAUGUAGACAAGAUAGAGAAAAUAUUCCAGAAUGCUCCCUCAGAUCCUACACAAGACUUCAGCACACAAGUAGCCAAGCUGGGCCAUGGUCUGCUCUCUGGGGAAUAUUCAAAACCUGCUUCUUCAGAUGGAGAACAGCAAGUGGAGCAGAAGGGCAUUCAAGAUGGCAUCGCACCACGAAUGUUUAAAUCUCUUGUUGGCAAAGGCCAUCCAGAGUUUUCUACCAAUCGGCAGCAAGACGCUCAGGAGUUCUUCCUGCACUUCAUCAACAUGGUGGAGAGGAACUGCCGUAGCUCUGAAAACCCAAAUGAGGUCUUCCGCUUCCUGGUGGAAGAGAAGCUCAAAUGCUUGGCAACGGAAAAAGUGAAAUACACGCAGCGUGUUGAUUAUAUCAUGCAGCUGCCGGUGCCAAUGGAUGCGGCACUGAACAAAGAUGAACUGCUGGAAUAUGAAGAAAAGAAGCGACAAGCAGAAGAAGAAAAGCAGCCACUGCCUGAGCUGGUCCGUGCCAAGGUGCCUUUCAGCUCCUGCCUUGAGGCCUAUGGAGCCCCAGAACAAGUAGAUGACUUCUGGAGCACAGCCUUGCAGGCCAAGUCUGUGGCACUCAAGACAACUCGAUUUGCCUCCUUUCCAGAUUAUCUAGUUAUCCAGAUCAAGAAAUUCACUUUUGGCCUAGAUUGGGUGCCCAAAAAGCUUGAUGUCUCCAUUGAAAUGCCAGAUGAGCUGGACAUCUCUGCACUUCAGGGGACUGGUCUGCAGCCUGAGGAGGAGGAGAUGCCUGAUAUAGCCCCCCCGCUAGUGACGCCAGACGAGCCCAAAGGUAGCCUGGGUUUCUAUGGCAACGAGGACGACGACUCCUUCUGCUCCCCUCACUUCUCCUCUCCGACAUCCCCCAUGUUGGAUGAGUCUGUGAUUACUCAACUAGUGGAGAUGGGCUUUCCAAUGGAUGCCUGCCGUAAAGCUGUGUAUUACACUGGGAACAGCGGAGCUGAAGCUGCGAUGAACUGGGUCAUGUCGCACAUGGAUGAUCCAGAUUUUGCAAAUCCUCUGAUACUUCCAGGAUCUAGUGGCCCAGGUUCUACCAUCACUUGUCCAGAUCCCCCAUCUGAAGAUAGUGUAGCAACCAUAGUCUCCAUGGGCUUCUCCCGGGAUCAGGCUAUGAAAGCACUAAGAGCUACGAGUAACAGCCUGGAGAGGGCUGUGGAUUGGAUCUUCAGUCAUAUUGAUGAUCUGGAUGCAGAAGCUGCCAUGGAUAUAUCUGAGGGGCGUUCAGCAGCAGAAUCCAUCUCUGAAUCUGUCCCUGUGGGGCCAAAAGUGCGUGAUGGACCUGGAAAAUACCAGCUUUUUGCCUUCAUCAGCCACAUGGGCACAUCUACGAUGUGUGGCCAUUAUGUCUGUCAUAUCAAGAAGGAUAACAGAUGGGUGAUCUAUAAUGACCAGAAAGUCUGCGCCUCUGAGAAGCCCCCAAAGGAUCUUGGCUACAUCUACUUCUACCAGAGGAUCCCCAGCUAGGUUGCUGCUCUUCUGGGCAUGGUGCAAGAGCCAGCUGAUGGCAGGAAGAGAGGGGAUGGCAGUGAUGAAUUCAGAGAAGAGGGGCAGCUUUCAACCCUUACAUGUCCAUGUGCCACUGCUGCAGCCCCAGAGGCAGGAUUUCUUCAUAGGAAAGCCGGGGUCUGGUGCCCUUGUGGACACAGAUGGGGGGGGUUGGGGCGAAUUUGAAACUCUGUGUAAAAGUAAGAAGAAACAAUCUCACUUGAACCAAUCACCCCAGGAAACAUCCGUGCACACUGUUACUGCUUUAACUAUAACACUUGUGGACUGUUGAGAAGGGGGUGGCGGCAGGAGGGAGCACUUGGUUAUGGGUGGCUUUAUGUAUCAUCCAGGGUGAGCUCUCACCCUCCUGGAAAGUGUGCAGGAAGUAACCUGGGACAUAAAGUAGCACCUGUUCUUCAUGUGGCCCUUAAAUGCCAAAACACACAGGUUCAAAUAAAAACCUUGAACCCCCCUCCA